AUGUCCACCUACGAAGUUGAACACAACACCACAGACCCCAGCACCACUCCCUCCUUCACCCACCGCCGCCGCCGGCCCGACCUCUCCACCUUCUUCGCAACACUCUCCGAAAUCUCCAACCCCGAAGCCUCGCGACACAGAGAACAUGCCAUUCCCGUGCCCGGAGAUAUAAGCGCGGCGUUUUAUUCGCUUGCGGAGGCGCUGGAGGUUAUGCGACGGGAAGGUGGUGAUGUUGGGACGGAAGUCCAGGAAGGUGGGCAGGGAGGGGAGGAUUUGUUGACGACGAUGAUUCAGUCUUUGUUGAGUGAGGCAAAUACGCCGCCGAGAGAGGUGGAGGGUGUUAGUGAGGAGUUUUGUGAUGUCCUCGACCGCGUCCCCCGCAAAUCCCUCAAAGAGUCCCAAACCUGCCCGAUCUGCAACAACCCCUUCCUGGAAGACGAAUACCCGCUCGUCGUGCAGCUUCCCUGCCACCCGACCCAUCUGUUCGAUCUCGAGUGUGUGCGGCCGUGGCUGAUGUUGAGGGGUACAUGUCCUCUUGACCGGAAGGAUUUCGCGAAACAGGAGAGGGAGAAGGAGGCGGCGAGGAAACAGAAGCCGGCGGAUGAUGAUGAGGAGGAGUGGGAUGGGAUGUAUGGUUAG